CUCGAUUCGGGGGUUGUGUAAAAAAAAUUAAAAAUGAGACUAAAACUGUGAUUAAGCAGCAAAAUUAAUUAAUUCAGCAGUUAAAUACCUGGAGUGAUUUCACUGCGGGGCGUGAGAUUUUUAUUCGUUUACCGGGUUGGAAACGACUAAUUUAGUCGCGUGACGCGUGGCCAAUUUAGAAAUGGCGCGAAAAGAGUUCGUGCGGCUCCAUCAAUAACCAGAAUAAGCGCAUUUAGUGAGGCGUGCGACACCUCGGACAGGAGUGACGAUUAGACAAGAGAGAGAAGGCGAACAUUGCUGUUUACUGCACUUCUCGGCUUGCCGGAGCGCUUGGAGCACAAUGGGAUCUGACCGGCAUACUGAUGCACUUCUUGCGCUGCGUCUCUACGAUCUCAACACCGGCGGCUCUAUCGGCGAUUCUGGCGCACUACCAUCUCUGGGCUUCGCUUUUUUUUAGAUCAGCUCGUCUUUUCUUGUUUUCCAAAUUUAUGCUAGACACGUCGACGUGCGUGCAUCACUGCGUGCUUGAAGCUGAGGGACCGUUUUGGAAGUUGGGGCGGUGUGAGCUGCCUGUCUGUGCGCGAUGUGCAGGGCUGGAGGGUGCAGGGCUGGAGGGUGCUGGAGAGCAGCCCUGCUGUUUCUGCCCGUGCUGAUGGCCGUGACACUCGGCCGCACUCCGAUAUCACACAGGGUUAAUGAGCCCAGCAACAUGUCGUAUGUCAAAGUCACCGUGGACAAACUGCUUAAAGGCUACGACAUUCGGCUCAGGCCGGAUUUUGGAGGUCCUCCGGUUGACGUCGGGAUGAGUAUUGACAUCUCCAGUAUCGACAUGGUGUCUGAGGUGAACAUGGACUACACCAUCACCAUGUAUUUCCAGCAAUCAUGGCGUGAUAAACGCCUGUCCUACACAGGGAUUCCUCUGAACUUGACGCUGGAUAACCGUGUGGCAGAUCAACUCUGGGUGCCUGACACUUACUUCAUAAAUGACAAGAAAUCUUUCGUUCAUGGUGUCACUGUCAAAAACCGCAUGAUUCGGCUGCAUCCAGAUGGAACUGUGCUCUAUGGCAUCAGGAUAACUACAACAGCAGCCUGUAUGAUGGACCUGCGGAGAUACCCACUGGAUGAACAGAACUGCACCCUGGAGAUUGAGAGCUAUGGGUAUACCACAGAUGACAUUGAGUUUUAUUGGCAGGAGGAAAGUUCAGUGACUGGAGUAGACAACAUUGAGUUGCCACAGUUCUCCAUCAUUGACUAUAAAACUUUGUCUAAGAAGGUGGUGUUUGCAACAGGGUCAUACCCUCGUCUGUCCCUGAGCUUUAAGCUGAAGAGAAACAUUGGAUAUUUUAUCCUGCAAACCUACAUGCCCUCAAACCUGAUUACCAUCCUGUCCUGGGUCUCCUUCUGGAUUAAUUAUGAUGCUUCUGCAGCACGGGUUGCCCUAGGAAUCACUACUGUACUGACCAUGACCACCAUCAACACCCAUCUACGAGAGACGCUACCCAAGAUCCCAUAUGUAAAAGCCAUAGAUAUAUAUCUAAUGGGCUGCUUUGUCUUCGUGUUCCUUGCCCUGCUUGAGUAUGCAUUUGUUAACUACAUUUUCUUCGGCCGAGGUCCUCACCUACAGAAGAAAGUGGCAGAAAAAGCUGCUAAGAGCAACAAUGAGAAGAACAGACUGGAGAGCAACAAAAUCCAGGUGGAUGCCCAUGGAAACAUUCCCCUUACUAAUCUCGACCUUCGCCUCACUGGGGCUGAGAUGCUCAGUGGUCUUGGUGACCCUCGGAAUACCAUGUUCUCUUAUGACAGUGCCAGCAUCCAAUAUCGCAAGCCCCUGACAGGCUGUGACCUUUACGGUCGGCCGACUGCUCCCCUCGAGCAGCCAAUCAAGCACAAGAAGGGUCGAUUGAGGAAGCGGGCCUCUCAGCUUAAGGUGAAAAUUCCAGACCUGACAGAUGUGAAUGCCCUCGACAAAUGGUCGCGUGUCAUCUUUCCCAUCACCUACACUUUCUUCAACCUAGUCUACUGGCUUUACUAUGUCCACUAGGGGACAGAAGUGCACUCAGCUUAGCUUCCAAUUAUCAGAUCUGGUCAGGCUUUCUCAAUCUGCAAUUUAAUUUGAUCUCCUGCCAUAUAUAAGCUACACAGUCAUCUAGAUAAUGUACUUAUUAUUAGAUCCUAAUUAGCGCUUUCUAUUCAUCACCCCUGCUUCAUGUGAGAAUGGACUAUAGGGGUGUUAUGGUGCUGUAUCCAAUUGUGUAAAAAUGCACUAUAACCCAGACUUAACACUAAUACCACAACUACAACUGUAGGCAGCAUUUAAAAAGUAAGACACUAGGGUUUUAGCCAAUAAACAAUAUAUACCAGCCUUUUAAAUAUUUGCACUGUUUUGGUAAAUUGUAGACCUAAAGGACACUGCAGUUUUUUUGUGAGUUUGCCCAUGUGCAAAUACAUGCUUGGUGCACAAAAUACUUGUGCAUUAGAUAGUCCUCUAGAGUAGUAGUACUAGAGUAGCCACACUUAGCUCUGGGACAUGUGUUACAACAUGAUGAGAAAUUAGCUGAAAAUACAGCAGGGAUAUAUACAAAUGUUAAAUCUUUUCACAAAACCUGUGUAAAAGUGUGUUUCUUUAAUUAAGAAGUCAGGUAUUUUAAAAAAAUGUCACCAUAAUUUCUUGUACUAACAAACAAUACCAUGUGUCAUUGUAUACACUUAACAUGGCAAAGAAGCCAAGUCUUACUCUGUGUCAUUUGAAAAGGCUGAAGGAAAUAAAGACACAGACACCA